AUGGCGGAUAGGGAGGCAGUACAGAGGAAAGAUACUGAGUUUCAGGCUUUUGUGCUGAGUAUUCUAGAGUGUUCUGUCUUUAAGAUAAUCAUGAUCAGCACCAUCUCAACUAAUGCCUUUUUUGUAGUCUUGUGGACCAAUUAUGAAAUAAGAUUCAGCUUGUUCAGACUUUUUGAGAUCUCGGAGGUUCUCUUUGUGUCCAUCUACAGCCUUGAACUCAUCCUGAAGCUCUAUGUGAACCCCAUUGACUACUGGAAGGAUGGCUACAACCUGCUGGAUGUGGUUAUCAUCAUCAUUAUCAUAAUCCCCUAUGCCCUCCAGAAGAUUAAGGGCAAGCAUUAUCCCUACCUCAACAUUGCUAAUGGCAUGCAGUCCCUGCGCAUCCUCAAGCUUAUCACCUACAGCCGGGGCAUCCGGACGCUCAUCAUAGCUGUGGGGCACACAGCUUAUACAGUGGCCUCGGUGCUCAUCCUCCUCUUCCUCCUGAUGUACAUCUUCGCUGUCUUAGGCUUCUGCCUGUUUGGAACUACAGAGUCGGGGGACCUGAAUAACUGGGGGAACCUGGGUGUGGCCUUCUUUACCCUCUUCAGCUUGGCCACGGUGGAUGGCUGGACAGACCUGCAGGAGGAGUUAGAUAAUCGGAAUUUCGUGAUGAGCCGGACAUUUACCAUUGUCUUUAUCCUGCUUGCCUCCUUCGUCUUCCUCAGCAUGUUUGUGGGUGUAAUGAUCAUACACACUGAGGACUCCAUCAGAAAAUUUGAGCGGGAGCUGAAGCUAGAGAGGCACAUGCUCCUCAUGGAGGAGAGGCAGGUGAUUCUGAGGCGGCAGAAGGAGGAGGUCAACCGUCUGAUGCAGACCCAGCAAAACGUUGACUACAACAGCUUCAGUGAGCUAGUGGAUAACUUCAAGAAGACCCUGCAACACACAGACCCCAUGGUCUUGGAUGAUUUUGGAACUAGCAUUCCCUUCAUUGACAUCUACUUGUCCACUCUGGACAACCAAGAUAGUACUAUCUACAAGCUUCAAGAAUUGUACUAUGAGAUCGUGCACGUGCUGAACCUGGCACUUGAAGACUUACCCAAAAAGAAGCAGUCUCAGUCCUUGGAAGCAGCUGAGACAUAA